AUGUCGGAACACAUUGCCUCUCCGCGCAUCACCGCACCCAACCUCGACGCCUUUGUCAACAAGCACGUCAGCAUCGUCGGCAAGGUUACCCAGCUGCGCGGCGACCAGGCCACUAUUGACGCCGACGGCACCGUCACCAUUCUUCUGAACCGGGAAGCGCACCUCACCAAUGGCAACGCCGCCCUCUUCAUCGGGAAAGUCAACCCCGACCUUUCCAUCAAGGCCCUGAGCUCCCGCGACGUCGGCGCAAACGUCGACAUGGGUCUCUGCUCCCAAGUCGCCGAGGUCACCCAGCGGUACAAGGCCCUCUUUGGCGGCGCCGACAACUGA